AUGGAUUUAGAAGCCAAAGAAAUUGAAGCAGAUGAAAAAGAUAAAGAAGAAAAUACUAAAAAAAAAGCGGAGCAGAUAGCAGUUUCAUAUGGAUAUACUAUUCAUUGUUCAGAUAGAACAACGCAAAAACUAGUGAUUAAUCAAGAAUCAGAAAAUAUAAUAAAAAACUUAAUGGAAAACCUUCAAGAAGAUCUAGAAAUAUGUGAAGAAAAAUUACAUGAAGCUAGAUAUAAUAAAAUUUGUGUAUUUGAUCCUGAAACCAAAAAAUAUUUGGGUGCUUUGCAUAGAAAAUAUUACGGGAAAAAAUUAAUAAUUCAAGAUGAGGAAAAAAUAGAAAGUGGUUAUGAUUUCCAUUAUCUUAUGCAAGAAAUAGCAAAAGUGACAGAUGAAAAAAUAGUGCCGAUAGCAAAUAAUUUAGAACAAUAUAUUACUUUCUCGGUUGGUCAACUUCAAUUUAUUGAUAGUUUGAAAUUUUCAUUACCUGGUUUAGCUAAGAUGGCAGAAAACUUAUGUGAUGAAAAGAAGGGCCAAACUAAAACACCAGAACAAUUAGCAAAAUGUUUUCCAAUUAUGUCAAAAUUCAUCUCACCUCAUUUAUUAUUAUUGCUUACACAUUUUAAUAAUGACUUGGAUGAAGUAAAUUAUUGCGAGCAAGGAUGUGAAAGCAAAGAAUACUAUCCAAUGUGUCCAGAACAAAAGAAUGUACCAUAUGAUUGGUAUAGUUCAAACCAAAAAGAAUGGGCAGGUAAACAACAUUCAGAUACAGAAAAACUUAUACUAACUCUCCAUGAUAAGAACCAUUAUGUUAUUCAUUAUAGAAAUCUACAACAAUGUAUAAAGGAAGGAUAUGUUUUUGAAAAAGUAUAUCAAAUUUUAGGUUUUGAACAAUCACCAUGGUUGGAACCAUACAUUGCAAUAAAUACUCAACGACGUGCAAAAGCAAAGAAUGCCUUUGAAAAAGAUUUUUGGAAAUUGAUGAACAACUCAGUUUUUGGAAAAACUAUGGAAGAUGUUAGAAAACAGUGGAAGGAUGAAAAUGGGGGAGAUCGAGCUAUUGGCUAUGCGGGAGUUCGUGCAAAAUACUAUAGUGUUGUGUGUGACUGUACUUUAGAGGGAAAAGAGAAUCAACCACGAACUGCACAAUUCCUCCAAAGUUACAAACAUCGAAUGUAUAAAAUAAAGCAAACAAAAAGGAGCAUUAACCCACUAGAUACAAAAUUGUGGAUAGAUCAAGAUGGGAUUACAACAUACCUAUAUGGUGAUUGUGAAAUUCCAGAAGAAUAA